CGUAAGCCGUCCGCUUGAAGAUUUCCUCUCUCUUUAUUUUCCAUCUUUCUUUCUGGAUCGCCUUAUUAGUGCCACGAGGCGACAAUGCGGAGAUUCGUUGCCGAAAAGUCCAAACAGCACUGUAAUAUCUUCUUCAACAAGAAGACAUCAAGUUUCAUCUCUCCUUCACCAUUCUAUCAAUCUUCGAUUCGACAUCUAACAUCAGCUUCUUCUCCUGAUUCAAUGGCCGAACCUUCUCCUUCGCAUGUUACUAUUCAGACAAUCAAUCCUAAGGUUUUGAAAUGUGAAUAUGCUGUCCGUGGAGAGAUUGUCACGUUAGCUCAGCGAUUACAAGAGGACCUGAAGUUAAAUCCAGGCUCACAUCCUUUUGAUGAGAUAUUGUACUGCAACAUUGGAAACCCCCAGUCCCUUGGUCAGCAUCCAAUUAACUUUUUUCGGGAGGUUCUUUCACUGUGUGACCAUCCUGCCAUUUUGGACAAAAGUGAAACGCAGGGUUUGUUCAGUGCAGAUGCGAUAGAACGUGCCUGGAAGAUUUUGGAUCAAAUUCCUGGAAGAGCAACUGGUGCAUAUAGUCAUAGUCAAGGCAUCAAGGGAUUACGCGAUACAAUAGCAUCUGGUAUUGAGGAACGAGAUGGGUUUCCUGCUGAUCCUAAUGAUAUUUUCUUAACAGAUGGUGCUAGCCCUGCGGUCCAUAUGAUGAUGCAGUUACUGAUACGCUCCGAGUCUGAUGGAAUCCUGUGCCCUAUUCCUCAGUAUCCCCUGUACUCUGCUUCCAUUGCUCUUCACGGUGGCACACUUGUUCCAUACUACCUUGAUGAAGCAGCAGGAUGGGGUAUGGAGGUAUCUGAACUCAAGAAACAACUCGAAGAUGCCAAGGCUAAGGGUGUUACAGUAAGGUCCUUGGUUGUAAUCAAUCCAGGCAAUCCAACAGGCCAGGUUCUUGCUGAGGAAAAUCAGCGUGAGAUUGUGGAGUUUUGCAAGAAUGAAGGCCUUGUGCUCCUAGCGGACGAAGUAUAUCAAGAAAAUGUUUAUGUUCCGGAGAAAAAGUUUCAUUCUUUUAAGAAAAUUGCUCGAUCCAUGGGAUAUGGAGAAAAAGAUGUCUCUCUAAUAUCGUUUCAGUCGGUCUCGAAAGGAUACUAUGGGGAAUGUGGGAAAAGAGGUGGUUACAUGGAGGUUACUGGGUUCAGUACCGAGAUAAGAGAACAGCUUUAUAAACUGGCUUCUGUUAAUCUCUGUUCAAAUAUAUCUGGUCAAAUACUUGCAAGCCUGGUCAUGAGUCCACCCAAGGUAGGAGACGAGUCUUACGAAUCGUACAGUUCUGAGAGAGAUGGGAUUCUUCAAUCGUUGGCAAGGCGUGCCAAGACAUUAGAAGAUGCAUUUAACAGUUUAGAGGGAGUAAGUUGCAACAAGACAGAAGGAGCCAUGUAUCUGUUUCCACGUAUUGAUCUUCCUCAGAAAGCAAUAGAGGCUGCAGAAGCAGCAAACACUGCUCCAGAUGCUUUUUAUUGUCGCAGGCUUCUUAAUGCAACUGGGAUCGUCGUUGUUCCCGGUUCUGGCUUUGGACAGGUUCCUGGAACAUGGCAUUUUAGAUCAACGAUUCUUCCACAAGAGGAUAAGAUUCCAGCCAUAGUAACGCGUGUUAGCGAUUUCCACAAAAAGUUUAUGGACGAGUUUCGUGAUUGAUCUUUGAUUGGAUUGAACAGAACCGAUCUAGGGUGGUGGGAAGUAUAUGAAUUAAUAAAUGAAGGAAGAAGGUAAGCUAUAGCUAUGAAGAAGCUCUUUUUUUUCUUCUCAAACUGACAUAAAAAAUAUCAUCACUACUAGUGAGAUCUUUGGUAUGUAUCUAUUUAUUAUGGUUGUUGGAUAUUGUUUGUUUUAUAAUUCAGGAUUUUAACUAAUUUAUCUUUAAUUUAAUAAUCCUUUUAAAGGAGAGAUAU